UGCUUCGUUGAAAAAGAUGGAUUUGGCGAAUGGUCCGCCUCAUUGCCACCGCGUAACGGUCUGCGUGGAUAUUUCUGCCGUGUUUCGAUGUUGUUAUGAUCAGCCGGCUCACUUAUUUGAAUGGUCCGCUGUUCUGCAACCACUCAACGACACUUCAGUUAUGUCUUCAGCAUCAAGCUAG